AAACUUUAGCUUGUUGCCAUAGCAACAAGUGGCUUUGUUUUCUUUGGGUUUAAGAUCAAAACUUAGCAAAUUUUACUGUUAAAAAAAAAGCUUAGGGCACAAAUAUUUAAUAAUAUUUUCAAAAGAAAAAGUCAGCUUCUAUAUUCACAGUAUAUUGGGAAACUCAUGUUCUUUACUUAAUAGUUAAAUUAUUUUUUUUUUCAUCUUUGUUUUACGAAGUAAAAAGAAAAAUGGACGAAACUUCUUCUGAUGAAUUAGAACAUUCAUCCAAGUGGCUUCAUGCUCACUAUGAUCCAUUAGCUACCUUAUAUACAUUUUCAUCAUGCAUGUGUUUAGCAGACUUGCAUGGUGAUGGAGAUUAUAAAUUAAUUGUUGCUGAUUUAGGAACUGGAACUCAUAAUAUGAAGUUAAAAGUUUAUAAAGGCACACAUUUACUCUCUGAACAUACCAUUAUUGAUCUCCCAACUGGUGUUGUAUCUUUUCACAUGGAUACCUGUGAUCCACGUUCUCCUGCUAUUGCUGUUGCUUCUGGUGCACAUAUAUACAUAUACAAGAAUAUGAGACCAUUUUAUAAAUUCACCUUGCCUGCCUCUUCUGUUUGCCCCUCAGAAAUGGAAGCUUGGAGUCAAGCAAAAAAUGAAGAAAUUGAUGUCAAUACACUCAGGGAAUUUUUAGAAAAUAUUAGAGCAGAAGUUGGAGAAUCUUUCCUCACUGCUAGAUCACAAAGAUUCUUGAUGCUUGAACAAGAGGAAUUGGAAGAAUUCUUUCAGAUUCACAAACAAUUUCCCUUGAAGAAACAGACUGUUGUUACAUGUUUAAGUGCCAUGAAAAAAAGCAUGGCUGAAGAAGAUGCAGUUAGUUGCUUAGUUUUAGGCACAGAAAAUCAAAAUGUCUAUGUUCUGGAACCAGAUGCUUUUACUAUCCUUUCAGCAAUGUCUGUUCCAAGUGUUCCAGUAUUUAUGGAUGUUAGUGGUUUAUUUGAUGUUGAGUUUAGAAUAGUUGUUGCAUGUCGUGAUGGCUGUCUUUAUAUGCUCAAAAGAGGUUAUAAAGCAGCACGUUUUUGUGUGAAGCUCAAGUCUCAAUGUGUUGGUCUUCAGCGUGUCAAUAACAAUAUUAUUGUUGGAACCAUGGAUGAUAAACUUAGUAGUUAUAACAGCAAGGGGAAAUGCUUAUGGAGUUUACAGUUACCAAGUAAUGUUGUAACUAUCGAAGCUGUGGAUAUAAUGCAAAUGGGCAUUCGUUUAGUGGCAGUAGCACUUGGUAAUGGAAUUGUCCAGUUUUAUCAAGACAAGUUCCUGGUGGAUGUUUUAGUUGCUGAAGAUGUAGUGUCUGCCAUUCGAUUUGGAAGAUUCGGUCGAGAAGAUAAUUCAUUAGUUAUGUGUAUGAGAGGAGGAGGCUUAUCUGUAAAAAUAUUAAAACGAACAGCAAAGUUUGAGAGCCAAGACUACUCUAAUUUAGCUUUAGACUUGCAAAACACAAAAUUAAAUUUGCCUAAAAAGACCAAAUUAUUUGUGGAUCAAACCAUGAGAGAACGAGAACACUCAAUAAUAAUGCACCGUGCUUUUCAACACGAUUUGUAUCGACUUCGUCUUACAACUUCUAGAGCCUAUGCAAAUGCUCUUACAUCAAGUCAAAACCCAGUGUCUUAUGGAGCUAUUGAUCCUUUGAAAUUGUCUGCACAAGUUCAAGGUUUGGGACCCAAAUUCAUCCUACAUCUUGAAUUACAGAAUACUUCAAGGAAUAAACCAUCCAUAAAUCUGUUUUUGACUUUCCACUGUGAUGCACGUAUUUACAAAAUUCAAAAAACAUUUAUUCCGAUAUCCUUUUUAGCUCCUGGCUUACCUUAUACUUUUAUGACACCUGUUGAAUGUGUUAGUGAAAUGAAUAUAUCUGACAUCAUUAAAGUGUUUGUUUUAAAACAAGGUCAGAAUAUUCCUAUUAUAACAGCAAUGAUAAAUAUGCCAGUCAGCGAAGGGUUUCAACCUAUUUAAUUAUCAAAAUAAAAUUCUGCACAACACAUUUUUAAAAUGCAUGCUUUUAUGAAGCAUUUUGGUUUGACGUACAAAUCUUUUGAGAGUUGCAAAUACUGAAAACUGUUUAAUUAUAUAAUAAUGUGUAGUUUUUAGAAAAGUAAUGGGGCAGAUUUAUUUCCAUGUGAAUUUUGUAUACUUUUUAAUCGACUGGCGGUUUGGCAAACCAGCAAAAUUAGGAGAAUGUUUUUCCACAAAAAACUAAUAACAUGGCAAAACCGUUUUGCUAUGCGAAGAAGACUGCAGGUUAAAAAAAUGACUUUUUAUGUGCAGAACCGUUAGUGGGUUAAUCUUUAUUUAUCUAUUUUUUAUAGCUAGUCAUUUUUAACUAUGUUUGCUAUUUUUACUUAUUUGAAUUUUUUUAGCUUAUUACAGAAAUAGAUCUGCAACGUAAAAUGUUUUAUUUAAGAACGGCUACUUCUUUAAAAAAUGUUUUGUUAAAGUGUUUUAGAAAGAUGUCUGUCAGGCAAGUUAUUCAAUCUUUUCAAAUAUUUCCCAAUUUAAUUUCAACACAACAAAAAGAAAGAAGUUAUAAUAUACAAAGAAAUACACUGGAAUGUAACAUUGUAUAUAACUUUAACUUAAUAACUUUUUAUUGUAAUAAGUUUUUGAAAAGUACCUUCCUCUACAGUUUUGUAAAUGUUCCUUUUCUCAUAUUUUACAAUGUUUUCGAUCAUUUCUUUUAUUUAUGCUGGUGCCUUAGAUUUAAUAUCAUGUAAAGUAUCCAUUAUAAGGUCUAAUGUUGGGUGAAAAUAAUCAAUUAUUUUUAACAUUACAUUAAAAUGUGAUAUAUAAAAUAGUGUGAAAUUAUAAAAACUGUGAUAUUGUACUGUGUAUAUAUAAAAAAAUCAGAUUUCAACAUACUACGACUCAAUCUUACCGAAUUGAGGGGUGACCUCAAAUAUGCUCAUUAGUUAGUGCUGAUGACAUGUGAAACGUACUUCCUCCGAAUAAACAUACCUUUUUUGAUGGAUUUGGUUCUCUAAGUUCUAAAACAUAGCGAGUAACUGCAAUCUGAGAAAUAUGGUCUUGAUAAUUAGAUGAGGAGUGCGAUUUAUAGUUUGGACCCCUUAUUCUUAAUUUUACUUCUUGUGUAUUUCGCCAUAUUUAGAAAACUUAUGAAGCGAAUUGAGAAAAAUUUAUACACAAAUAUAAAAUUCAUUUAUCCAAAGAUAAUUCCAUGCAAAAAAUUUGGAUACUUUACAAUUUAAAAUGAUAUUGACUAUUAUUAAAUAAUAAAAAACAGUAAAUAAUUAAUAAAAAUUAUUUUUUACAUGGAAUUAUCUUUAUAUAAACAUAUGUUAUAUUUGUGUCUAAAAUUUUUCAAUUCGCUUAAAAGGUUUGAGAUAUGAAGAAAUAUGUUAGAAGUAAAAGGGCUCCACACUUUCUAUUGCUCUCCUGACCAAAGUAUCGGGACCAUAUUUCCCAGAUUGAGUCUACUCCCUAUAUUUUGAUGGUCAGGAGUCUAUGUCCAUCAGAAAACGGCAUUUAAUUAAGGAAAAAGUACGUUUUGUGUCUGAAUUUGUAACCUCAAAUAUCAUCUUCACUAACUAAUGACUAUGUAUGUCAUCCUCUCAAACCAUGAAGAUUGAGUCCUAGCAAGUGAAAAAUCUGAUUAUAAAAUCAAAAGUGAUCUGAUUAUUAGAUCAGAAUUCUUUUUUUUGCGCAUUAUACACCAUCUUGCAUAAAUAAAUACCUUUUAAUGGUAUAAUAUUAGAAAAAAAUUUAAAAAUCAUUUUUGUAAUGUACAUCUCACACAGAUAUUUCAUUAAAUAUUCACUAACAAGAUAAAAAUUUGUGAUAGAAAAUUUUAAAUGAAUACAAAUAGAUGUGCAAGUAAUUUAUUGAAAAUAAAUAUUUUUCACAAGCAAUGUUGUACAUUGUGUUUGCAUUGAAUUUUUAUUUUAAUUAUUUAUGUAUGGGAAAAUACAAUUUUGAUAAGAAUUA